AAAUCCUCAUUCAUUCUUUUCCGGUGCGAGGUGUCAAAAACUGCGAAAUCUCUCUGCUGUCUGGUACACUCUAUCGAAUAGUUUUCAUACCGUGCAAAAAAAAAGAAUGGCUAAAAAGAAAGGUGAUACCUACGAUAGUGACGGUGCCGAUGAUCAGGACUAUGACGAGGAGCCUAAUUUCGAUGAUACGGAGGGAUUUGUGGACGAUGUAACCGACGAAGAAUUGCUUGGUGACUUGCUGAAGCAGAAACCAUGCGAAUCGGAUGGGGUCGAAAAUGUCAUAGUUGUAGACAACAUACCGGUUGUUGGACCGGCUCGUUUCCCAAAGCUGCAAGGCGUGUUGGAGAAGAUUUUCAAAAACGCCGGAACGAUUGUGAAUAUUCACUACCCAAAGGAUGAGGAAGACAACACGAAAGGAUACGCCUUCAUUGAGUUCAAGAACCCUGAGAUGGCUGAGGAAGCAGUGAAAGCUUUCAACAAUUAUCGUUUGGAUAAGUCGCAUACCCUGCUGGUGAAUCUGUUUUCCGACUUCCAAAAAUACUCGGAUAUCCCGAAGGAAUGGAGCCCUCCUGAGCCGCAGCCUUAUAAGGUGCAAAAUGAUCUGUACACCUUCUUGAUGGAACCUGAUGCGCAGGAUCAGUUUUGUGUAGUUGCCGAAUCUACACCCGGUGCUGUACAAGUACAGUUUUGGCAAAAUGCUCAACCGGAACCGGUGGAAAUUUUAACUCGCGAGCGCUUCACUGAGACGUACAUUAAAUGGUCUCCCUUGGGAACGUAUAUCGUAACCUUCCACAAGCAAGGCGUGGUUAUUUGGGGUGGUUCCAGCUUCAUUAAAAUCAACAAAUUUGCGCAUCCCGGAACUCAGUAUGUCGAUUUCUCCCCCUGCGAACAGUAUUUGGUGACGUAUGGUCCCAACGGUCAGAAGAUAAUGAUUUGGGACAUCAGAACCGGCACGGAGAAAAGAUCUUUCGUUUCGGAUGGAACCACUAACAUGUCAAUGUUCCGUUGGUCGCACGACGAUAAAUAUGUGGCACGAAUGGGUGAUAAUGCCAUCCAUGUGUACGAAACGAAUACAUUUUAUCUGCUGGAGAAAAAGUCUAUCAAAGUUCAAGGAAUUCGUAACUUCAGCUGGUCUCCAACUGACAACAUUAUUGCUUAUUGGAUGUUGGAAGAUAUUGACGCACCAGCUCGAGUCACCCUUCUGGAGAUUCCCAAGAAAAUAGAAAUCCGCAACAAGAAUUUGUUCAACGUUGCUGACUGCAAGAUUCACUGGCAGAAGUCCGGAGAUUAUCUUUGCGUGAAGGUCGAUCGUUAUUCGAAAUCCAAGAAAGAUAAGAAGGAUGCCGACGUCAAAUACUUGGGCAUGUUUUAUAACUUUGAGAUAUUCCAUAUGCGCGAAAAAGAUAUCCCAGUGGAUUCCGUUGAAGUCAAGGAGACCAUUUUAGCGUUCGCCUGGGAACCGGUAGGAUCGAAAUUUGCCAUCAUUCACGGCGAGCCAUCGUCGGCGAACGUUAGCUUCUAUGAGGCGAAGAAAGGCCAAGAGCCUACUAUGCUGAAGAAAAUGGAGAAGAAGGUGUGCAGCCAUCUGUUUUGGUCUCCACGAGGCCAAUUUAUUGUCCUUGCCAAUCUGCAAAUGGGAGCGUUCGAAUUUGUCGACACAAAUGAUUUCACUAUUAUGAAGAGUGGUGAUCACUAUCGUGCCUCUGAAGUAGAAUGGGACCCUACUGGUCGGUACGUUGUAACUGGAACCUCAGGAAAGGUUAAGGAAGAUCACGGCUACUAUAUUUGGUCAUUCCAAGGCCGGAUAUUGAAGCGUGUCAAUUUGAAGAAUUUCAUGCUCUUUUUAUGGCGUCCGCGACCACCUACCCUGCUUCCGGAAGAAAAACAGAAGGAGAUCCGCAAGACUCUCAAGAAGUAUUACGCACAGUUCGAAAGCAAGGAUCGCGUCCGUAUGACCCGUGCAUCGAAGGAACUUCUAGAGAAGCGUGCCAAACUGCGUGAACAAUUCGUGGAAUAUCGCGCCAAACGGGUGGCCGAAUGGGAGGAGCAGAAAUAUCGUCGUUUGCAGUUGAGAAACAAUGUCGAUACCGAUUCGCUGGAAUCUGAUCCAGUCAAUGUUGAAGAAGAAAUAGUUGAAAUUCUAGUACGUGAAGACACAACCUUGCUCGAGUAGUCCGUAGAAGGCAACCAAGACUAGCCGGUUGUAUGAUAUCGGCGCCCAUUCAUACCAGGAGAGAGUGAACACUUGUCAGCCAAAACGCUCUCUCUUAUUAUUCAGAAAACACAAAGAAAAAUUGUAAGGAAAUCCAAAAUAUCUGAACUAACAAUAGUGAUAAUAAGAGGUUUUAUUACAAUUUUGA